AUGGCAAGUGCUGAUAAACUUGUUGUUGACGAGGCCAAGCCGCCCAAGUCAGAGCGGCAGCCAGUAAAAUGGUAUCGGUCGACGUUCUACAACAUGACCGUGUUGGGUCUGUGUAACCUGGCAGCGCCCGGUAUCUGGGGAGCUAUGAACUCACUUGGAGCCGGAGGAGCUGCCUCGACACAAUUAGUCAACGCUGCGAAUGCAUUGACUUUCUGUUUGAUGGUUGUUACGUGUUACUUCUCCAGCGUUAUUGUUCAUUAUAUCGGCAUCAAAGGUGCUCUGAUAUUCGGCACUCUCGGCUAUGCACCCUUUGCUGCCGGAUUGUACACAAAUAAUCGAUAUGGUAACGAGUGGCUCAUGCUGCUCGGCGCAGCGCUCUGCGGCAUCUCAGCAGGCGUGUUCUGGAUGGCAGAAGCAGCUAUCGCGAUCGCAUAUCCCGAGCCAUGGAACCGCGGCAAGGCCCUAGGUUAUUGGCUUACAUACCGGUUGGCCGGCCAGAUCCUUGGUGGCGCCAUCAAUCUUGGAAUCAACGUAAAUCGCAAUGAGGCUGGAUCAGUCAGCUAUGUUGUAUAUCUGGUGUUCAUCGCAAUACAAGCCACAGGGCCGUUUGUUGCCUUACUGCUCAACAAGCCCUCAAAAGUCGAGAGACAGGAUGGCAGGAAGGUGUCGUUGGCAAUUCUGGAGAAUCCUUGGUAUGAGGUCAGAGAGACCACAAAGGAUUUCUUCAAGCCCAAGUUCCUACUGGUCGUGCUAUGGAUUGGACAAGCAGUCUUUGCUGAAGCAGUUUUCUUCAGUUAUCUGGCUUCAUAUUUCACUGUCAGAUCGCGAGCUCUUGGCUCUUUCCUGUCUGGAAUCUGCGCAGUCAUUGCAGGAAAUCUCCUGGGACAUUAUCUCGACCGAACGAAAUUCUCACUCAAGCUUCGAACACGCUCUACAUUUUGGACAUUGGUCAUUACUCAGGGUGCAUGGUGGACUUGGAUCACCAUCGUGGCCACGAGGUACCGUGCCAACGAGACAGUCUUGGACUGGUCAAGCCCAGGCUUUGGUGCAGGAUUCGCCGUGUAUAUCUUCCACACCGUCGGUUUCCAAAUCAACUAUCUUUUCCUCUACUUCAUCAUCACGCAUUUGGCCAAUGGUGAAUCCGAGGUUAUUCGUUAUGCAGCCUUGCUGCGUGGUACUGAAUCUGCUUGGCAGGCUGUCAGUUAUGGCCUUACUUCGCUGGAAAUUUUUGCUAAAGUUGGCGGCAUCUACCUCAACUUUGGUCUGUGGGCAAUUGCAAUCUUUCCUGCCUGGCUCGUAUUGAGACACUUUGGUCAGGAUAACAAGGUAUCGUCUUCGGACGAUGACGCAGUCCGCACAACUGAGACCAUCCCAAAAGCUGAUAGCCAGUAAAGCCCUGGGCCACUCCCUGACUUUACGGUAAACUGGUUACGAGUGAUUGUGGCAAGUUUUAUUGAUGAUUGGGAUCUAGCAUAGCGCUUCUGUAGUUAUCUUAUGGCGAAAGAACGUGCUGUAUCCCUUCGUGUUGAUAGCGUUAGUAUAGACUUUGCUAAAAAGAGUGGAC